AUGCUUGUUCCCACAAUCGCAACGGCGCUCAUACUACAGGCCGUUUCAGCAGCAUCUGCUCAGACAGUUAUCGGAUCUGAGCCGCCUGUAGCGGUCCACACAACCCGACACUGCAAAUACAUCCCCGGGGACGUGGGAUGGCCGCAGCCGCAGCUGUGGUCUCAGCUCAACCAGACUGUAGAAGGCCGUUUGAUCGCGACGGUACCGGUGGGAUCGGUGUGUCACGACCCAACCUACGAUGAAGCCAAAUGUCUCGCGGUGACCGCGAACUGGGCUCAACCUCAGCUCAGUCUCCCUCUACCCGCGGAGUUCAUGCUCCCCUACUUCUUGAACGACGACUGCACUCCGUUUACCCCGCGAGCGACACGAUGCGAGUUGGGUAACUAUGCCGCCUACUCAAUCGAGGUCCGGUCGAUUGAUGACGUCCGGGCCGGCAUUCGCUUCGCUCGAACGCACAACAUUCGUCUAGUGAUCAACAACUCCGGACACGACUUCUACGGCCAGAGCACUGGAAAGGGGGCGUUGUCUCUGUGGAUGCAUCACUACAACGAGACCACCUUCAUCCGCCACUAUUCCUCCGCAUACUAUUCCGGGCCUGCGCUGCGCGUACAGACGGGCGCGGAAGGUGGAGCCGCGGGGGCGCACGCGUCAGGGGAGGGAUACACCGUGGUGGCCGGGGCAUGCCCGACGGUCAAGAUGGCCGGUGGGUAUCUCGGCGGCGGCGGCCACGGUUAUCUUGCGGGACGGUACGGCUUCGCGGCCGACCAGGUACUGGAGUGGGAGCUGGUGACGGCGGACGGGGCGCAUGUCGUAGCCACCCCAACGCAGAAGCCUGAUCUUUACUGGGCGCUGUCCGGCGGCAGCCCGGGGUCGUUCGGGGUGGUCCUCUCGGCCACGGUGCGGGCGUUCCCCAACGAGAUCACUGCCAACGCGGCGUUCUCGUUCGGGGUGCGCGAGGCUGGGGGCGUCGAGUCCUACUGGAAGGCCGUGCACACCUUCCACCACCAACUGAAGCCCCUCCUGGACCAGGGUAUCGUGGCCGAAUACGUGCUCGCGAACGAGACGCUGGCCGUGACGGGCGUGCUGGCGCCGGGUCACACCCGCGCGUCGCUGCUAUUGUCCUUGCAGCCCUUGAUGGCGGCACUCGCGGAGUCAUCGGGGGGGCGGUUGACAGCCCGAUCGCUGAGAAUGCGUGUAACUCAGGCGCAGAGCUAUCACGAUCUAUUUGCGGCAGAGAUCGCGCCGCUCUUGGCCGAGUUGGCUCUUCCUCCGGCCGUUGCCGGACGGUUCGUCCCGCGCCAGCUGAUGGACGGGGACACAACAGCGCUGGACAGCACGCUCCGAGCGAUUGCAGACCGGGGGUAUUCCUACACGGUGAUCGCGCUCAACGUCAUCAACGCUAUGCGCAACGACACCGCGCCGCCGAUUGCCCCCAACGCGGUACAGCCAACCUUCCACGCGGCGUACAGCUCGCUGAUGAUCAACGCGGGGGAGUCAGGAGGUCUAGACGUACAGCAGGAGUUGGUGGAGGAAAUCCUGCCACUGUAUGACGCUGUGGCACCGGAGGCGGGUUCUUACAAGAACGAGGGGCAUUGGGCGGAGCGGGACGUGAAAACGACGUUCUACGGGGGAAUGUACGAACGGCUUGAGGCGAUUAAAAACGUAGUAGACCCAAAUGGAGUGUUCUACGGUGUUACGUCGGUGGGGUUUGAUCGUUUUGAGUGGGAUGAGAGGGGUCGUCUAUGCCGGGUGAUAUAG